AUGAGUUUGGAGAAACGAGAGGCGUUCAUCAAAAGAGACACCAAUGAGACCAAGAUUCAGAUAGCAAUAAGUCUAGAUGGAGGCUCGGUGAGCAUUGCAGAGUCGAUAUUCCCACAACAGAGUUCAAAAAGCGAAGAGCAUGCAGCUCAAACGAGUGGCGGCCAAGUGAUAAAUGUCCAAACGGGGAUAGGGUUUCUCGACCACAUGUUGCACGCGUUGGCAAAGCAUUCAGGGUGGUCGCUUAUCGUUGAAUGUAUAGGAGACUUGCACAUUGAUGACCACCACACAAGCGAAGAUGUCGGUAUUGCGCUUGGCAUGGCGUUCAAGAGCGCGUUGGGACAGAUCAAGGGGGUCAAGAGAUUCGGCCAUGGCUUUGCGCCUUUGGACGAGGCUUUGAGUAGAGCUGUUGUCGACUUGUCCAAUAGACCAUACGCGGUGGUGGAAUUGGGGUUGAAGAGGGAGAAAAUCGGCGACUUGUCCACGGAAAUGAUUCCACACGUGUUGGAGAGCUUUGCCCAGCUGGCGGCGAUAACGAUGCACGUUGACUGUUUAAGAGGAUUCAACGACCAUCACAGAGCUGAAAGUGCCUUCAAGGCUUUAGCUAUUGCCAUAAAAGAGUCGAUUUCCAAGACUGGCAAGGACGACGUUCCUAGUACCAAAGGUGUUUUGUCAUAA